AUGUUACGCCCUAUUGUCAAAGCGCCGCUCCGUGCGGCCACGCUGGCCCGCGCUUCCGUGCGUUGCUCGCCGCUUGCCGCCUCGGUGCGUGGCACGCGUGUCCUGCACAGCACGGCGUCCGUAGUGCAGCAGGCGAAGCCUUCGCAGCCCUCGCCGAAUGACUCGUUCGCCAACACGACGAACGCGCACUAUGCCGACGUCAUGUACCGCCACUGGAAGGAGGACCCUACUUCGGUGCACGCUAGCUGGGAUGCCUACUUCUCGGGCCUCGAGAAAGGAUACCCCAGUGAGUCGUCCUUCACGCCUCCCCCGACUACCCUGAACAUGCCCAGCAGCACGGCGAUCCUGGAGGGCAACAACCACCCCGCUGACGACUACCUGAAGCUCCAACUGCUCGUCCGUGCGUACCAGGUCCAGGGCCACACCAUGGCCAGGAUCGAUCCCCUGCGCAUUAUCGAGCAGGCCGAGGACAAGACGCCGCGCGAGCUGAAGCCCUCGUACUACGGCUGGACGGACAAGGACCUCGACAAGGAGAUGCUCCUCGGUCCCGGUCUUCUUCCCAACUUUGUCAAGCAAGGUGUGAAGAAGAUGACGAUCCGUGAGAUUAUCGACACCUGUGAGCGCCUCUACUGUGGCUCGAUUGGCUGGCAGUACGUUCACGUCCUCGACCGCGAGACCUGUGACUGGCUGCGUGAGCGCAUCGAGGUCCCGGAGCCCUACAAGUAUACCGCGGACCAGAAGCGCAAGAUUCUCGACCGCCUGACCUGGUCGGACUCGUUUGAGCGCUUCAUCUCGUCCAAGUACCCCAACGAGAAGCGCUUUGGUCUCGAGGGUGGCGAGUCGCUCAUCCCCGGUGUCAAGGCGCUGAUCGACCGCUCGGUCGAGUACGGUGUGCGCAACAUCACCAUCGGUAUGCCCCACCGUGGCCGUCUGAACGUGCUCGGUAACGUCAUUCGCCGCCCGAUCGAGGGUAUCCUUCACCAGUUCGCCGACAACACCAACGAGGAGGGUGGCGGCGACGUCAAGUACCACCUGGGUGCCAACUACGUGCGCCCCACGCCGUCCGGCCACAAGGUCGCUCUCUCGCUUGUCGCCAACCCCUCGCAUCUGGAGGCCGAGGACCCCGUCGUGCUCGGCAAGACGCGUGCGCUCCAAGAGUUCGGCAACGACACGGACGACCACGUCGGCUCCAUGGCGCUGCUCAUGCACGGAGAUGCCGCGUUCGCUGGCCAGGGUGUCGUGUACGAGACGAUGGGCAUGUACAACCUGCCCAAUUUUGCCACCGGUGGCACGAUCCACAUCAUUGUGAACAACCAGAUCGGUUUCACGACCGACCCUCGCUUCUCGCGCUCGACGCCCUACCCCUCGGACAUUGCCAAGUCCAUCGACGCCCCCAUCUUCCACGUGAACGGUGACGACGUCGAGGCGGUCAACUUUGUGUGCAACCUCGCGGCUGACUGGCGCGCCAAGUUCAAGAAGGACGUCGUGAUCGACCUCGUGUGCUACCGUCGCCACGGUCACAACGAGACCGACCAGCCUUCGUUCACCCAGCCCCGCAUGUACGAGGCGAUCGCUCAGCAGGAGACCACCCUCAACCAGUACGCCGACCAGCUCGUCAAGGAGGGCACCUUCCCCAAGGAGGAGGUCGACGAACACGAGAAGUGGGUCUGGAGCGAGCUCGAGAGCGCCUACGAGAAGAGCAAGUCGUACGAGCCCGAGGAGCGCCAGUGGCUCUCGAGCGCCUGGGAGGGCUUCCCUUCGCCCAAGGAGCUCGCGGAGAAAGUCCUGGAGCAGCACGACACGGGUGUGGAGCUCGACACGCUCAAGCACAUUGGUACCGUCGCCUCGACCUACCCCGAGGACUUUACUGUGCACCGCAACCUCGCCCGUAUUCUCAAGAACCGUCUGAAGACGAUCGAGAGCGGCGAGAACCUCGACAUGAGCACCGCCGAGGCGCUUGCCUUUGGUUCGCUUGCCCUCGAGAACUUCAUGGUGCGUGUCUCGGGUCAGGACGUUGAGCGUGGUACCUUCUCGCAGCGCCACGCUGUCCUCCACGACCAGGAGAACGAGAACGUGUACGUCCCCCUGAUGCACGUGGGCAAGGACCAGGCCACCUUCCAGAUCUGCAAUUCGUCGCUCUCUGAGUUUGGUGCGCUCGGCUUCGAGCUUGGUUUCUCGCUGGUCGACCCCAAGAACCUGACCAUGUGGGAGGCGCAGUUUGGUGACUUUGCCAACAACGCCCAAUGCACCAUCGACCAGUUCAUCGUCUCGGGUGAGCGCAAGUGGGUGCAGCGCACCGGUCUCGUGAUGAACCUGCCCCACGGUUACGACGGCCAGGGUCCCGAACACUCGAGCGCCCGUAUCGAGCGUUUCCUGGACCUCUGUGACGACCACCCCUACCGCUUCCCGACCAAGGAGCAGCUCGCUCGCCAGCACCAGGACGCCAACAUGGCUGUCGUCUACUGCACUACGCCCGCGAACGUCUUCCACGUUCUGCGUCGCCAGGUGCACCGCGAAUUCCGUAAGCCGCUGAUCCACAUGUUCAGCAAGUCGCUCCUUCGUCACCCCGAGGCGCGCUCGCCGCUGAAGGACUUCCUGCCCGGCACUGGGUUCCAGCGCUACAUCCCUGAGCCCCACAACACCGAGGGCAAGGAUGAGCUCGUGGCGCCUGAGAACAUCCGCCGUCACAUUGUGACGGUCGGCCAGGCCUACUACGCGCUGCUCAACUACCGCCGUGAGCACAAGAUCAACGAUGUGGCGAUCUCGCGUAUUGAGCAGCUCUCGCCGCUCGACUACGAGUCGAUCGUUGCGUCGCUGGACAAGUACCCCAACGCCGACCUCAUGUUCGCACAGGAGGAGCCGCUCAACAACGGUGGCUGGCCCUACCUCGCUCCCCGUCUGCGCAUGACGUGCAACCAGACUGAGCACCACAAGGGCAAGGAGUUCCUGGUCUCCUCGCGCCCCCCGUCGUGCUCUGUCGCGACCGGUCACAAGGCCGCCCACAUUGCUGAGCUGAACGCUUACCUGGAGGGCGCCUUUGACCCGGAGCACACUAUGCUCUGA